GGAGCGCGCGCGGGGGAGGGGCGGCGGGUCAGUCUCCGCCGGGCGCUCCGGGGAUCAGCUGGCGGGCGGGCGGGCGCCGAAUGCGGCCCCGGCUCUCGCUGCAGCGCCGCCUCCUCUCCGCGUCGCAGGCCGGCCCGGCGGCCGUGACAAUGUUGCGGGGCUGGUAGCUGCGUGCCGGCCGCCGAGCCAUCUCAAGUUUAAACUUACACGAAUCGCUCUCUUGAGGAGGAGGGGACCGCCGCGCGAUUGACACGCAUAUUCCUAUAGGCAUCCUCCCUCAGCCCCCACCCCCACGGCCGGAUUCGGGUGGCUCCUCUCCGAGCUGAAAUCCGAGAAGAAAUCCUUGGAUCUCUUGUUUAAAAAAAAAAAAAAAAUCCAGAAACCGUCGGUAUUUUGCUUUCCUGCUUCCUUUUCGCAUGAUGAAGAAGUUUUUCGACUCCAGGCGAGAGCAGGGCGGCUCUGGCCUGGGCUCCGGCUCCAGCGGAGGAGGGGGCAGCACCUCGGGCCUGGGCAGCGGCUACAUCGGAAGGGUCUUUGGUAUUGGGCGACAGCAGGUCACUGUGGACGAGGUGCUGGCGGAAGGUGGAUUCGCCAUCGUGUUUCUGGUGAGGACAAGCAAUGGAAUGAAAUGUGCCUUGAAACGCAUGUUUGUCAACAACGAGCAUGACCUUCAGGUGUGCAAGAGAGAAAUCCAGAUAAUGAGGGACCUAUCGGGGCAUAAGAACAUCGUGGGUUACAUUGACUCCAGUAUCAACAGUGUGAGUAGCGGUGAUGUGUGGGAAGUUCUCAUUCUGAUGGACUUCUGCAGGGGAGGCCAAGUGGUCAACCUGAUGAACCAGCGCCUGCAAACAGGUUUUACAGAAAAUGAAGUACUCCAGAUAUUUUGUGACACCUGUGAAGCUGUCGCCCGCCUGCAUCAGUGCAAAACUCCUAUUAUCCACCGUGACCUGAAGGUUGAGAAUAUUCUCUUGCAUGACCGAGGCCACUAUGUCCUGUGUGACUUUGGAAGUGCUACCAACAAAUUCCAGAAUCCACAAACGGAAGGAGUCAAUGCAGUAGAAGAUGAGAUUAAGAAGUACACAACGCUGUCCUAUCGUGCACCGGAGAUGGUCAACCUGUACAGUGGCAAGGUCAUCACUACGAAGGCAGACAUUUGGGCUCUGGGAUGUUUGUUGUAUAAAUUAUGUUACUUCACUUUGCCAUUUGGGGAGAGUCAAGUGGCAAUUUGUGAUGGCAACUUCACAAUUCCUGAUAACUCUCGAUAUUCCCAAGACAUGCACUGCCUAAUUAGGUAUAUGUUGGAACCAGACCCUGACAAAAGACCGGAUAUUUACCAGGUUUCCUACUUCUCAUUUAAACUACUCAAGAAAGAAUGCCCAAUUCCAAAUGUACAGAACUCUCCCAUUCCUACAAAGCUCCCUGAACCAGUGAAAGCCAGUGAGGCAGCUGCAAAGAAGACCCAGCCAAAGGCCAGACUGACAGAUCCCAUUCCCACUACAGAGACGUCAAUUGCACCCCGCCAGAGGCCUAAAGCUGGGCAGACUCAGCCCAACCCAGGAAUCCUCCCCAUCCAGCCAGCCCUGACCCCUCGGAAGAGGGCCACGGUUCAACCCCCACCUCAGGCCGCAGUAUCCAGCAAUCAGCCUGGUCUUUUAGCCAGUGUUCCUCAACCAAAAACCCAGCCCCCACCCAGUCAACCCCUACCACAGUCUCAGCCCAAGCAGCCUCAGGCUCCGCCCACCUCACAGCAGCCGCCUUCCGCGCCGGCCCCGGCUCUGCCCGCCCAGGCCCAGGCCACGCCCCAGCACCAGCAGCAGCUCUUCCUCAAGCAGCAGCAGCCGCAGACAGCGCCGCCGGCGCAGCAGCCAGCGGGCGCGUUCUACCAGCAGCCGCAGCAGCAGGCCCAGGCUCCACAGUUUCAGGCAGUACAUCCGGCAGCCCAGCAACCAGUGAUCGCUCAGUUCCCCGUGGUAUCCCAAGGAAGCUCUCAACAGCAGCUGAUACAGAACUUCUACCAGCAGCAGCAGCAGCAGCAGCAGCAGCUGGCCACAGCCCUGCAUCAACAACAGUUGCUGACUCAGCAGGCUGCCUUGCAGCAGAAGGCCGCAGCGGCAGCCGUACCACAGCCCCAAGCACAGCCGGCCGCGGCAGCCCCGCCAGCCCCUGCCCAGGAGCCAGCGCAGAUUCAGGCCCCAGUAAGACAACAGCCAAAGGUUCAGACAACCCCACCUCCUACCAUUCAGGGGCAGAAACUCGGAUCUCUCACUCCUCCAUCAUCCCCUAAGGCCCAGCGUGCUGGGCACAGGCGAAUUCUCAGCGAUGUGACCCACAGUGCAGUCUUUGGGGUCCCUGCCAGCAAAUCAACCCAGCUGCUCCAAGCAGCUGCAGCUGAGGCCAGUCUCAAUAAGUCCAAGUCUGCAACCACCACUCCUUCAGGCUCCCCUCGGGCCUCCCAGCAAAAUGUUUAUAAUCCUUCAGAAGGUUCUACGUGGAAUCCCUUUGAUGACGACAAUUUCUCCAAACUCACAGCUGAAGAACUGCUAAACAAGGAUUUUGCCAAGCUGGGGGAAGGCAAAUAUCCUGAGAAACUUGGAGGCUCUGCUGAGAGUUUGAUCCCAGGCUUUCAAACAACCCAAGGUGAUGCUUUCGCUGCUUCCUCAUUUUCUGCUGGAACUGCUGAAAAAAGGAAGGGUGGGCAGACUGUGGAUUCUAGCCUUCCUCUUCUAAGUGUAUCUGAUCCUUUCAUUCCUCUUCAAGUACCUGAUGCACCAGAAAAACUAAUUGAGGGACUCAAAUCUCCUGACACUUCUCUUCUGCUCCCUGACCUCUUGCCUAUGACAGAUCCUUUUGGUAGCGCUUCUGAUGCUGUAAUUGAAAAAGCUGAUGUUGCUGUUGAGAGUCUGAUACCAGGACUGGAGCCCCCGGUGCCUCAGCGCCUCCCAUCUCAGACGGAAUCUGUGACCUCGAACCGCACAGAUUCUCUCACUGGGGAAGAUUCCCUGAUUGAUUGCUCUCUGCUUUCUAAUCCCACUACUGACCUUCUGGAAGAGUUUGCCCCCAUAGCCAUCUCUGCUCCAGCCCAUAAAGCUGCGGAAGAUAGUAAUCUCAUCUCAGGUUUUGAUGUCCCUGAGGGCUCGGACAAGGUGGCAGAAGAUGAGUUUGAUCCUAUUCCUGUAUUGAUAACCAAAAACCCACAAGGUGGGCACUCUAGAAACAGCAGUGGGAGCUCUGAGUCCAGUCUUCCCAACCUAGCCAGGUCUUUGCUGCUGGUGGAUCAGCUCAUAGACCUGUAGCCGUGACCCAGUAGCAGAUGCAGUUCUGUAACCUUCAUACCGUAAUACACAUUUUCAUUACGGAGUUAUAAGAAAAUGAUUUUUUUUUUAAAUCUGCAAAUAAGGGGCCCUCUAGCCCUGAUCUUCUAUCCCUUGCCUUCUCCCAUAGAAAUGAUAAGGAAAGAAAAUCACUUUGGCCCUCCAGAUACUCUUUGGCCAGUUCCUCCCUGUUAGUUUGCUGUGUUUCCUCAUUACCCUUCUUCAGUAGCAUUAUCUUACAUCAAGCGCUAGAUGCCAUGAGCUUCACCUCUGCCGGAAUCGACUCCACAAGCUUAACUGUAACUGAAACUAGUGAACUGACACCUUUGUCUCAUUCUUGCUAGGAAUGGCCUCCCAAAUCGAUCCUCCCAACCCCAUCUCCUCUGGCCAGAUGCUGAUGAAUGUGUUUCUCUGUUUUUGCUUUUCUAUCCUGCUGCAUUAUCCUGAGGACAUGGCUUCUUCAGUUGGUCUUGACUCUAGGCAAUAACCUAGAGAUGGGUGUGUGGUUUAAGAGAGGGUAAAACUGACUGAUGGUUUAUGUCCGGAAAGAGAAAUUGAGCCCAACUCUAGCCAACCAGCUCUGACCUUGUUUGAUCAUAGACUUAGCCAAGGGAUUUUACACCCCAUGCAACCUGCCCAGCAUCCUUCCAGCAUUCUGGCUUCCAUUGAAUCGUGAUUUCUCAGAUCUGGAGACGUGACCGCAAGUACUUGAGAUCCUUGGAUAAAAUGUGUACAUUAUAUAAAUUUCAAGUAUUGCCAUUCCUUUUAGUGUUUAACUAUCUCAAGCCGGGAUCUCAGAAUUAGACCAAAACAAGACAAUAUGGUAAUAUGAUACCUUUUAUUAGAAGACUUUUCACUGGGGGGUGGAUGAGGGAAGGGAAGGAAUUGUAGCAGAAACAGAUGUAUUUUUCUUGUGAUUUUUAUUUUGAAUCAAAUAUUGUAAAUUGUGUAUAAAUGAAGACACUGAAUAGUUCUGUUUCCACUUGGCGUUUCAAGUCCGAUAUCAGGUGUCUGUACAGGGUUUUGAUCUCUUUCCCUUGUAUAACUAACUACACGGCAACCCUACAGUGUAACAUAUGGAAUCAUUUUGAAUAGACUUGUGUGUUGCUAUAAGCUUUCAGCAGGUCCUCUGUCUUUGUAGAAUAAGCAUGUUGUUUAUUUUCAGAUAAUCAGAAAUAAGUAUGCAGACACACUAGGCACAAUUUGACUCUGGCUACUUACCUUUCUUUCUCUCUGAUGUUUGAACUGAAGGAUACAGCCAGUGAAAUAUGUUCAGUUGGUUUUCCUUGGCUUCUUAGAUUAAAAAACAAAACAAAGCAGUUUCUCACUAACCUUAGAAUAUUGUUCAUAAAAUAAAUAAAGGUCCCUGCACUGAUGUGACAACAUGCCUCAUGACCACCCUCUGUACAUGUCCUUCCUCACUAAAGUAUAUUUUUUUCCUUACAUGCAAAGCAGUUUUAUAAAAUCACCCUUUGAAAAGAAGUGGGCACAGAGAACCCCACUUGGUUCUCUUCCUAGAGUGCCAUUUCCACGGUCAAAAGGGAACCUCUUAGCUGCUCAGAUUUGUACAAAUAAAAUUCCAGGUCCAUUUGCUUGUUUCCCUGUCUAGUACUUUCGUUCCUGCUUCCUCAAGUUUGCACUUUAAGAGGGAAAAAAAGCUGAACAGCAACAAUAGCCUGCAACACACUGUACUUUAGAGGUCAAGCUUCAAAAGCCUCUGAAAGGCGGCAGAGGAAAAGUCAGAACUUUUCAGUUUUCCUUCUGACUUUAAGUACUUCCAUGCCAGCUGAAACUAGAUGCAUGAUGUACAGGCCUCUGUUAGGAUGAUGAAUCAUUCCCAGAAUUGAGGGAGGUACAACCUUCCUACUGAGAGUUAAAAAAAAGAUAUGCUUGAAAAGCUCUCCUUGCUUGGACAGUGAAAAUGGGACUUGGUUUGCCCUUUUAUGGAUGGGAUUAUUACUGAAGAUCAAAAUGGUGUUCUUUUUCCCAGACAUAGAAAGAAUAUGUAAACUAAUGAGGAGAUAGUUUAUUUUUAAAUAAGAAUAAUGUUUUAUGCCUAUGUUUUCCAACCUGAUUUUUUCCCAUACAUACAUGUUAGCAAUACAGUGAAAUAUCUAGCUUCCCAAUGUAAUUGAAGCCAUAAAGAGUACAGUUUCAAAAUUAGGUGUCUCUCAAUUGUCCUUUUCAUGUAUUACCCAUAAUUACAUUGAGAUGUAUUAUCUAGUCAUCUGGCUCAAUAAAGCUUAAUAGAGAAUGUUAAUGAAAGUGAACAGACUAGAAACCAGAGAGACUGGGUGGAGGAAGGAAGCCUGAGGGGGAUAAUGACAUGAAAUUAUCUUGAGUUUGUUCUUUAGGAGUAAGGCUUCAAAGGAUAGAACUAUUUUUCUAUUAAAGAAAACAUGUGAGUGACUCAAUAAAUGGGGCCUCCUUUCGUUUAUAGCACCAUCCCUGAGUUAAAAGGGUUUAUUUGAGAUGAACAUAGUGUGCUAAUAAUUGAUAGAACUUUGAAACUGUAGACUGAGCUACAAGAGGGACCUUAGAGAUUAUUCUAGUUCAUCCACUUCAUUUCAUAGAUGUGGGUGGUGGGAGAAGAGAUGCGGGCAAGAGAGGCCCCCUGGGGGCUCCUCCUGACCUUUGCCAGUCCCUGGCCCAGUGGCCUUCAGCAGGAGCUUCACUUCUUAGAACUGCUGCUCCUUACUACAGUGAUGACUUUGGACCAGAUGGUUUUAAGAUUGUAGAAUUCUAGGGUUCUCAGUGUUUAUUAUGAUGCUUUAGAAGGACUAUGAAGGAUUUAGAUAAUCCUGAUGUCCUUCAGUUAUCUUCCGUAGCUCUUACUAUUACUAUAGUAGUAUUUAUAUUUUAGAGAAUUACAAUAGGCUUUCGCUAACCUGGGUUGCUCUCUUGGUUAUCUGAAGAGACCCCUAAGUCAUCACAGAAUGUUGGACAUAGAUUUUCCUUUUUUUAAUACUACACACAUGCAUCUACCUAUUCCAACAGCAUCAGAUUUCAAUUAUUGUAAACUGUGUAAUUAAGGAUCUGCUAUUUUAAAAUGGACAAAUACUGUAAGCAUAUGUUUCUGAUUUGCUUUUAUUCCAACUGUGCAAAAUAGUAACUAAACCAGAAAACAUCACAAAUUGGGGUUUUUUUUUUCCCUUUACAGCAUUCAGAUAACUAGGUCACCAAAUUCAAGUCCCAGUGAAAACACAGGCCUCAGAGGAGAUAAGGUUUAAAUGGACACUUGUGAAUAUGAUUAUAGUUAGUGAUUUCUUUAGCAGACAUAUCAGAAUUGUGACAUCUAAUUGAGUGUUCCCUUCAAAGGCAUCUAGUUUUACUUGGGAAAAUAAUACUUAUUUUAAUGAUGCUACCACCAUUUAUGUUAAAAAUAUAAGAAAAUCAGUUGUAUUAUUAUCUAAUUAGUAUCACUUUCAGCAUCUGAAUGUAUGCCCUUUCUCUUGAUCUUUUUUCACCACUCUUGGUUCUAAGUAACAUUUGAUGUUUCCAAAAAAGCAAAACCACUCCCCUACACUGAAGAGUGGUUACAAUGGAAGAUAGUCAGAAGAAUAAUCCACUGAAAAUUCCCAGAGAGGACCUUAUAAUGGACUGUGACAACAGUCAGUCUUAAUUUCUUUAAUAUUCUGAAUAAAGGAACUUGUGUGAUUUUGCCUGUCUUUAGUAUGGCGUAGAAAAUUGAAACUAUGGGUUUUAUAAUACCUCUGAAAGAGGUUGUCAGUUUGUUUAAUGUCAUUGGAUACUGGAGUUGCUUCUUCCCAAAUGAGAAUUGUGGAACUUGGAUUGCUAAUAAUUAUAGGGGUACAAACCCAGGAAAGAAUUUGUUUUUCUCAAGAUGAACUAUUAGUUUUGUUUCUGAUCUCUUUGGGGAGCUCCCCUGACAAAUAAAUGAUUCAAACCAACACAACUUUCCCCCCAGGUCAGGAACAGUUCUACAUUCAGCAGUGCUGGGGGAAGGAGGUGACUUUUGGGGUUGACCUCAGCCCAGCGGUAUGGAAGCCUAUGAAGUCAGCUAACGGGAUACACCCUAUAGAUACCUUGGGCCAAAACAAAGUCUCCCAUGCUGAUGUUUAUCUGUAGUUCCAGGAGUCUUUAACUUUCUCAGUCUAUAAGAUUCAGAAUUCUGUAGCCAUGCACUUAAAGCUUGGAGAUAAAAAUGACAGGAUUGCCCCCAAAGUAUUGAAUUCAGCUAAUCAGAGGCUGCCAGAUAGAGAAAUUGUUAGAUGGAUAUUUAACAUGGUACCUUUGCUGAAACACUCCAGAUAUUACAAAGCUAUCUUUUAUUCCUCUCAAGAGACUGUAGUUUACCAACACAAAGUUAGCCUUUUCCUUUUCCCCACUAGUAAUGCUCCUGGAGCUGAAUGUGCUUGGAUUUCUUGAGUCAGAAUGAAUCCCAGGUGGCCUCCAUUUCAAGUAACUGUAACAUGAUACUAUUUUGUUUCUCUUGGGUUUCCUUUCAUGAUGAUCAGGGAGAGAGGUUCUGGGUCAGAGCUGAUCUAUGCAGAAUUACCAAGUGGUGGUGUUGCUAGAAUGGAAGGUGUCGCCUUGGUUCCCACUCUGAUGUAGUGGCCCCAGUUCACUCUUUCCCUGGGAGUCUCCUUUGCCCUGUUGCACACCCCCCUCGUCAAGUGUAUGUGUAUUUACCAUAGACCUUUUUCCUGUCCUCCCCAAGAAGACAAAGCAAACAGAGGUACACGAAGUUAUCUUAUACAGUAAAAAAUGUGAAAUUUGAACAUUGCUACGCAAGUAUUGUAUAAAAAAACAAGUCUGUAAACAAAUUUCUUAUGUAAACAUACAGAAAAAUAAAGACUUUUAUCUGUUCAACGGGGA